UAGAAACCCGCUUAUUAGUUAAGUCGGAAAGCAACAUUUAGUAAAAACGAAGUUUUUGCAAUUAUUUCAGCAUUUGCUCUCGUCUCUUGAAUGCGCUAGCGAAUGGUGCAAACCCUCUUUGAUCUCCCGACUGGUGACAGCGCUUCCUGAGAAGGAACCAGCCUCGUUUGUUUUCCUCCUCCCUACUCAGCACAGUCAGGAGGAAUGGUAGCCAGUUAGCUUCUCAGACAGCAGUUGUUGGAUUAACUUGUUACCGCUGUUUGGCAUUCGGUUGUUCUGUCACAAUAAUGAAUUUACUGCCUUCAAAUCCGCACGGGAAUGGACUCCUCUAUGCUGGAUUUAACCAGGAUCAUGGAUGCUUUGCCUGCGGUAUGGAAAAUGGAUUUCGUGUGUACAACACGGAUCCUCUCAAAGAGAAGGAGAAACAAGAAUUCCUUGAGGGUGGGGUUGGCCACGUGGAGAUGCUGUUCAGGUGUAACUAUUUAGCACUAGUGGGAGGAGGCAAGAAACCCAAGUACCCAACUAACAAAGUGAUGAUCUGGGAUGACCUGAAGAAGAAGACUGUCAUUGAGAUUGAGUUCUCAACAGAAGUAAAAGCAGUGAAACUUCGACGUGACAGGAUUGUGGUGGUCCUUGACUCAAUGAUCAAAGUGUUCACCUUUACCCACAACCCACAUCAGCUGCAUGUGUUUGAGACCUGCUACAAUCCCAAAGGUCUGUGUGUGCUGUGUCCGAACAGCAACAACUCUCUGUUGGCCUUCCCUGGGACGCAUUCAGGCCACGUACAGAUUGUGGACCUUGCCAACACAGAGAAGCCUCCAGUUGACAUCCCUGCCCAUGAGGGGGCACUGUGCUGCAUAGCGCUCAACCUUCAGGGCACAAGAAUAGCUACUGCAUCAGAGAAAGGGACACUCAUUAGAAUUUUUGACACAUCUGCAGGUCAGCUCAUACAGGAGCUAAGACGAGGCUCACAGGCAGCUAACAUUUACUGCAUUAAUUUUAACCAGGACGCGUCCCUCAUCUGUGUGUCCAGUGACCAUGGCACAGUGCACAUAUUUGCUGCAGAGGACCCAAAAAGGAACAAACAGUCAAGCUUGGCCUCAGCCAGCUUCCUGCCUAAAUAUUUCAGCUCUAAGUGGAGCUUCUCCAAGUUCCAGGUCCCCUCAGGCUCUCCCUGUGUGUGUGCCUUUGGAACAGAGCCCAAUGCCGUCAUAGCUAUUUGUGCUGAUGGCAGCUACUACAAGUUUCUGUUCAACCAAAAAGGAGAGUGUUCCAGAGAUGUGUAUGCCCAGUUCCUGGAGAUGACUGAUGAGAAAAUAUGACCUUUGACCUCUCUUCAGACUUCCUAUUAAACAACCUGUUUUGUUUUUCUUUACAGUCUUUUUAUUUUCAAGGCAGUUAGAGAAGUUUUUUGUUUCACUUCUCGCUAUCUUGACAGACUCUGUAAAAAGAGCAUUAAAUGAAGGGAGAACAAGGAAAAAGAAAAAAGGAAUUUUUUGGGGUGGGAGGGGGCCUCUAUGGAAAGGUGGUUGGCUAGAGGUAUGAACAGUGAUUCAGAUUUCAUCGACCUGCACUGAGGGACAUGGACGAUUUCCUCCUAAACAAAACACAAGGGGAAAAUAAAAGACAACGUUAUUUUUUGAAAGGACAACUUGCCGCUUUUUAAGACGUCUUCCGAGGAAUUUACAAAGGAUGGAUAUUUUUAAUCACACAGAUGAUUCUGAUAGUUAGAAUGAGAAUUUCGAGAUUUUUGUCAACUAACACCACCUGACCUAACAAUAGGGAGUGCCUCUGAAACUGGAGAGAAUCUAUAUGUGUGCACAUAUUGUUGUCUCAUAUAUAUAAAGUAUUUGUGUAUACUAGUGUACCAUACUAAGCGUUUAAAAGCAGGAUCAGAAUGAAGAUGACUGUUUUUCUUCACUUUGGUCUUAAUUAUCUGCAGAAACAUCUACAGCCCCAAACAGAACGCCACCUUAGUAUUACUAAAUUUUCUUGUAGACAUUGUAUAUACACAACCUGCCAGACUGAACUUCUACUCACAAACUGUACAGAAUAGUAGCAAAAGAAAUCACUCGUCCUUGACAUUGUGCAAUACAUAAUUUCCUUAAUUAUUAUUUUUUGUUUUGUUUUGCAGAUUUUUUUUAUAUUUGCCUGAUCAACACAGCUUAAAGAAUUUGGCAUAUUUGUAAAUAGUUAUCUACCUUCUUGUUGAGUGAAGAGUGAUACAUGUCUGUAUGGUAAAUGUGAAGCUACAGAACACAGCUGGUUAGCUUUAGCUUAGCAUAAGGUCUGGAUGAAGGCGUCUAAGUCUGUCAAUCAGUGCUUUUCAGUUUGUUUAUACAAAAGGGUAAAAAUAACACGUUUUGUCACUGUGACUUAUACCACUUUGGUUAGUAGUAGUAGUUUUGUUGCCAUAGGAACAUAUCGACAUGUCAGCUUUGUUGACUGAUUGUAGCAAACGACAUGACAUUUUUGACUAGCACUAAUUGUUCACAAAUGGAAAGAAGGAAAAUUAUUGGUUGUUAUUAAAAUAGGAGUUUCCCGGGCACUAAAGGUAAAAACAAAAGUUCCAGCAAAAUUGAUACUUUCUCAGUUGGUUUGGCCCACAUUUUGCACUUUGCUAAUGAAUACAUUUAGUUCUUGUUACAAAACCAAACUCAAAAAGAGGAUGUCAGAAGACUAGUUGACUGUAAUUUCUCUCUAUAGAAACUAGCAGAGUUUUUCCUGUUUAAACUUAUGCUAAUUUAAGGUAACUGGCUUCUAGUCUUAGCAUCCCAUUUACCCGAUAGAUAAUGAAGUCUUGGCAUACAAGUGACUCAGCAUUAUCUCCACAUUUUGAUUAUUUAUUUAUUUAUUUAAUUUGUUCAGUUUGUGAAAGCAAAGUCCUUUUUCUUUUCUUUUUUUUCAAACUGGGAGUUCAGUGAAAAGAGUAAUACUCUUAAGUCUGUACGGUGAAUCAAAAGCUUUGGCUAGUAGCAGUUUAGCUAAGUAAAGCAGAAAGAGUGGAAAUAAUUAGCACAGCUUUGUUGAAAAGUAAAACAAGUCACUAACCAGCCCUUCUAAUAAACACCUUAUAGUUCAGUAAUUGAGGUCAUGAAACAACUUUAAGUGUUCAAAUAGAAAAUUUAUUUUUGCAUGUGUAUAAUAUAAAAAGAAAGCUAACUAGCUGCUAGCCUUAGUUUUUUGUUUACCUCUAGAAUAUUCAAAUCUUUUUGCAAAAAAUCCACGUUUACCAAAAUGCUGAAAUGUUAAAAGUGAAUGUUGAGUGAAUGUUUCUGCCUCAACAGGGAGCUUAAUAGCCAAACAAAUAGAGAUUUCCUUAAUAAAUAACAAAAAAAGUUUGCUAGCAGCAGCUGAGAUCAACUGUAACAUUUAAAAUUUGCUUUAAGAAUGCACUUGUAUUCAAUAUUCAGCCCAGUAUGAUUAAUCAGAAAUGUCCCUAAAGAUCACCACAUUAUUUUUGGUAAAAGUAACUUCACCUCUUCACUCUGAAGCUAAUUCAGCUAAUGCAAAGUGAAGUGCUUUGUUGUUUGUUGGGCCAUAAAUGGGACAUCUCAGUGUGGAUCCAACUCGGUUGAGCUUGUAUAAGCGACGCUGUUAAUGGGUGCUUUUUUUUUUUUUUUUCUAUCCAUUUGUCAGCUGCUUGACAACAUUUUGUUGAUUCAUUGCAAAAUUUACAUCACGUGUGUCACUUUUUGGGUCGCAUUGUACUUUUGUAGGUGUAACGCUGAAUAUGCACGGGACUUGGCGGGUACCGACUACAGGAGGGAUGCUGCACAAACUGAAAAGCCAACCUGCUUCUUACACACUCAGAAUGAUUGUAAAACCUACAUUUAAAUUUGUGAAUAAAAUUUUUAAAAUUU